UGUUGAUUAACACCCAAUAAACAACUUUUACACUUUAUACUGUCUACCAGUCGCUGCAUUAAACGACUGCAGUCCGUAUCACAAUGGAAUAUUUUUUGUUAAUUUUGUACCCUAUUAUAGGAUGUUUUGGCUUAUUGUUGCUCCGUUUUUUGUUAGUAAGGUUUGUAUUCACACCCAUUGGAUUGUGGUUCGGACUAAGAAACUGUCCAACGAAAAAACCCCCAGAGAAUCUAGUUUUAGAAAGGGAGUUUUCGCUAACGAAAAAAUGGGACCAGCGUCAGAUCGUGGCGUUGUCCAAACAACUCGAUAUAUCAGAAGAAAGUAUCAAAGACUGGUUAAGACUAAAGUUAGCCCACAAUAAGACUUCGGUUUUGACAAAAUUUUCUGAAAGUUCGUGGAAACUUUGUUACUACACUUGUGAAACUUUAUUUGGAUUUGUGGUUUUGUGUCAGAAACCAUGGUUCUGGGACUCGGACGAAUGGUGGCGAGACCUUGCUAACCAAACUGUCACAAAAGAUGUGUGGUUGUAUUUCAUACUCUGCACGUCAUGUGCCUGGUCACAACUCAUCGCUGUAACUAUAGACGUACGAAGGAAAGAUUUUCUUCUGAUGGUAGCCCACCACUUGGCCUUUAUAUCCCUGAUGACUCUUUGCGGAGGGUCAAAUAUUUUCAGAGGUGUUACAGUAGCGGCGUUUCUAGCCAAUUCAAAUGACGUUUUUCUUGAGCUAUCCAAGGUGGCUCAUUAUUUAGGAUAUGCCAAAAUAGCAGUUUAUGGUUUUUUAAUGUUCACAGUGUGGUGGCUAAUUGUAAGGUUGGCAUUCGUUCCGUUCCGAUUAAUUAAAACGUUUGUGGUGGACGCUCCAAGAUUUGUACCAGGUUUAGAUACACUUUUUGUUUACUAUGCCGUAAACACUCUAAAUGUGAUAUUCUUUAUGAUAAAUUUGGUUUGGACCUACUUUAUCAUAAAAGCCGCUAUUGCCAUAUUUAUUAUCGGUAAACCAAAUGAUUCAAGGUCGGAUUCGGAUUAAUAUGCUUUCACGUUGUGCAAUUUUGGGUUUUUUUAUUCCUAUUUAGAUAUAUUUGAGUGCCUGUGGGGUUUUAAUUUACAAUAAAAUGUUCAA